GUGAACCUUUGCAUAUCCCUUUGUAAAUAUUGCACGUUUUUGCCCACCAACAUUACUAUUCAGAAUGCACAGCUCUCCCACUUUUAAUUCGAUAUUGAGUGAAUUGUCCAACACUUUUUUUGCUGAUUGUAAUGUUUCACUUUCUUGAACACAAUUUCUGAUUUCUAUGUACUUUAUCAAAUUAUUUUGGAUGCACAAAUAACAUCAAUUCAGUAUUUUUCUUUGUAAAACAAAAUCCCUCUUUCGACCUCCCUAAUUAAAAUGUCCAAUUGUUCCAAUCAUAAACCUUAAUGGAAUACAAAUUAUAAACCUCAAGCAUCAAAUUAACUACUAUUGGCUACAACUGUAGUCUGAAUUUGCAUAUAUAUUAUAAAACAACAACUGCAUCCAUUAUAUAUUCAGGUUAUAUAUAUUAAAUAAAUAUUUUAGCCAAAUAAUAGCCAACUGUGCUACAAAACUGUCAUCCCGAUCAUUCACUCAGUGUUUUAUCUUUGGGUUAUGAGAUUUAAUCCAAUCAAACGAAUAACGUUAAAUGUAUCAACCAUAGACAGCUAGUGCCUCUCCUGUCUUUCGUUGUUUUCGACCAAAGACAAAACACUUUCCCCAAUAAUUUAUUCAUAAAAACUCGAAUAUAGGAAGCGCGUUUUCUCUCUUUUGUCCCUCAGCGCACACCGUCGAGUUUAUACUCGCUGAAAGGGGUUACAUAAUGCGUUCAAGGAAUUUAGCAGAUUUUUGAUUAUGUUUUAAACAUGCGAAAUGUCUGUGUUGCGCAGAGCUAAAACAUGGGAAGUAUCUGACUCCGAGGACAGCGACGCUGAGAAAAAAACAUUGAAAAAACAUGAUUCAAACCUCGAUGAGAGAAGUCAAACAAUAACAGUGAGCGAAGAAGAUGAGGCUCCAGACAACAAAGUCAACACCCUCCAAUCUUCACCCAUACAAACAGAGCCCCGUCAGACUUCAGCUUUGUCUCCUCCACGACAACAUGCAACCCCGAGUCCUGCAAGAAAACGCCGCAACAAAGAGGAGGUGGAGGCGGACAGAGAGGCAGCUAGGGAGAGGAGGGAGGAGAGGGAGAGGGUGAGGACAGCCAGGACCCGGGAGAAGGAGGAGAGGAAGCAGGAGCAGCAGAGGAGGAGAGAGGCGGCAGAGAACCUGAAGAGUCUCCGGCCCGAAAACUGCCUCAAGAGUCUGACAGUGCGCAUAGAUCCAGCUCUUCUGCAAGACGGUGGCUCAGACAUCUUGCUGGACACCCUGGCUACCUUUGAUUGGAGGUUCAGCAUUGAGAGCCAUCAGCUCCCACACAGCAUCACCUGGACGAGAGAUUUACCUCAGGGAGAAGACAGCUUACUGGAGGAGGAGCAAGUGGUUCUGGUGCUGGGUCUGACAGACUUCAUGGACACGGUGGUCUCUGUGAAGAAAAUGCUUGACAGUAACGAGGAGCAGACAGGGGCAGGGUCUUUCCUCUCUCCAAUUUUGGAGUGUCUCAACAGGGAUGCCAAAAAGGUGGUCACCCUCUUAGUGACAGACCCUCAGCAGGAUUACAGGGCUGAUGCAGUCCCUUUACUGGAUGAGACUCUACAAUCCAAACUGGGGAUGGAGAACUUGGACGUGGAGGAGGUUCUCGUGUACCUGCAACUCUGCAAGAAUAUCUCUCUGGUCUUCCUUGAUGGCUGGCAGGAAGUCACCAACCAUGUGUGUGCCGUCACUAAGGCCUUAUCAAAACGCCCUUUCAAACUGCUGACGGAGCUGCCCUUCUGUGUGGACGGUUCCUGGGCCAGCGGGGUCCGGGUGGAGAGGGACGGCUCGGGGCUGAUCCAGGUGUGGAGCAGGCAGGUCCAGCAGCUGAACAGAGUCAGCCCCACCGUGGCCUCCACUGUGAUCGCUGCCUACCCGUCUCCUCAGCUGCUGCUGCAGGCGUACCAGAGCUUGGAUUCAGAGGAGGACAGAAAGAGUCUGCUGGCUGGUCUCUUGGUGAAGAGCGGAGGUAAAGAGAGACGUAUCGGCCCAGAGAUAUCGGCCAGAGUUUACCGCUGCCUCACAGCCCAGAACCCCCAGCUGGUCCUGGACUGAUCUACUUGAAAACGUUAGCGAGGAUUAAAUCCGGCUCUGAUUUCACGUUGUCACCACUUGGCUGCUAAUGUGUUCAUGUUGAUGUUUACAAGCUACAAAUAUGCCUUAGAUAUCAUGUGCACCUUAUUAUUUAUACUUCAACAGAUUUAAGCAGCAUUAUGUUUCGUAAAAUAUGGAAGAAAAUCAUGUGUAAACAUUAUUCUGUUUACAUGCAAGAUGUAAUGUCAAAGGGACAUUAUACUACAUGAUAUGUUUUGUUUGUGUGAAAUGGCUUAUAAAAAAUUGUGGCAACCAAA